GGCAACCCCAAGCCGGCGCAACCCCGUCGUAAUGGACCGCGUGAUGGGCAGCGGUGCAAGAAACUCGCACUCAUCCGAGUUGGUUCAAAGUACCCUGAGUGCUUAAUAUCAAUGUAUUAUCAUACUGCGGUACCUAAAGUUAGAAAGUAAGCUGGACCCCCGCGCUGGAGCGAAGCAUCAGAGCGACACCCGACACGCACGUAGCGUCACCAUGCGGCUAUGUUGCAUUUCUUAGGAUCCCUGUCAACAUGCCAGAAAAGUUGGUCAGGGCGCUUGUCCUGCUCCUCAAUUUUCGAAUCUUCGCAUGGGUACUAUCAGGGAAUCAUGGGAAUGUGCAAUGGACGAAAUGGCAAACGCGCGAGGAUCUGGGGAGAAAUGCAAACCUCCGCGAGAACUCAAGAGGGGACUCUAAAAAAAUGACGCCGCAACUGAUUGAAUCACCCAUGAUAUCUCAUUGCCUUAAUUUGGCUCGAAAAGCAGCUAAUUUCCUGGAAAGAGUCACAACGGACUUAUCCCCUGGUCACAAACGGCUGUUUACUUCUAGUUCGUCAAAUAACCCCAUAUCAAUGCAGUAUGGUGUUGUGUACGCUGCAGUCGGCCAUGGAACAAUUCAAAAGGCAUCCGUUUCUGCAACCAGUGUGCGGAGAAUCAUGGAUAACAGCGUGGGCACCCUCCUGGUGACAUCUGAUUUCGGACUGCAUUUGUCCGCAUCGCAGGCAUUAUUCUAUGGCCAAGCUUAUUGGUGGGAUUUUGUCGCAUCAGUAGAUGGGCUAGGUAUGAAUUUUACAUCUCUUCCCGAAUUCGAAGCAUUCACUAUUGCUGACCCCAGAAUACGAAACAAAGGCAACAGUUUGAGUGCAACCAUCGAGUUGAAUAGAAAAAAAGAGAGGGAGCGAAGGAGCUCAAAAGUGACAGCUUGGGCGGCUGUCCGCCAAUUGCGCAGCGCCAAAAUGGUUGCACUCCGACUGGCUUUAGAAACUUUUGGUACGGCCGCCAUUUUUUUGGAUGCGGACACUUUGGUUUGUGAUCCCGCGAUACUGAUCUCUGCAUUUCAAAUGGUGUCUGAUGAGGGUCCUUGGUUUGCAUUUGUGACUGCACCUUCAGAACAUCACCGGCCAAUGCUUGGGCGCAUGUUCGGAAUUUUAAAAGGCGGAGAUAUCCCAGAACCCAACACGGGUGUCAUGGCCGUCUCCUCAUGUGAUGGCUCAAGGCGUGUGUUGCGGCGCUGGAGUGAGGUUUACUGGCAUGAGUCUUUGGCACUCUCACUGAUCCAGAAUCCGAUGGAUCAGCCAGCGCUUCGAACAGCAUUGUUUCUCGAGGUAGCGCCUUGGAUAGCUCUCCAAGGGACUUUAAAUUGCCGAGGGCACAUAAAGAAUUUGAAUGCUCCUCUUCCCUUGCGAUGUGGUGGGUACGAUGCAUCACAUUGGAAGGUGAUUACACAAUCUAGCAUAUUAGAUGCAGUUGGUACUACGCUAAUAACGGCCGCCUCCAUCAAAGCUGUUGACGGUAUUUUAGGCGGCAGAGGCUGCACUGUACUUCACUCGCAUGCGAUUCCAAGGUUCACCGAGCACAGGGCAAUCUUCCAACGCAAUGCGUUAAUAUUAAUGCACAGAUUGCUUGGAUUUGGCCUCGACGAGCUUGCCCGAUCUGCAAAAAGGGGGGAUAGAAGAACUACGCAAGAUAGGCAUACUCGCAAAACUAAGGAUGCCCAUAACAGUUCGGUGCCGCAGGAAAGAGUUGCAGUUUUUUCUUUUGCGCCUCAAGAACUGAGUAGUAAUGCUGUCGUUGAUACUGCCACUGACUGGCGGCGAGGCAGGUGGCGAAAUGUCAAAGUUAUUGUUGGUUCUAUGGCAAAAGACGCCUGUGCAACUGAAUCAAGAGCAUGUGCUUUAAUCAUUGUGAUCAUGGACCCCCUGACUCAACUUGCAGCGGACAACGAGAGUCCCAAGGCCAUAGACCCUAGCAUUCUAGAGGAGCGACUACGUAAUCAUGCAAAGGCAACUGUUCUUGGAGGCAACACACUGCUUGAUGCUCUUUUGCCUUUGAGGAUCGACGAGCUAGAAAGACACAAUGACCCAAGAGCUGCAAGAGUCAAGCAAUUUGGUCCAGGUAACAAAGCCGAGGUUGCAGAUGCCAUUUCUAGACUUGAAACUGAUACGUACUUGAUCCUCCUCGCCUCAGAAAAACAAAAAUCGAUUAAACUCUUGAAUUCUGUCCUUGAAUCUCGGCCAGAUGCCAUCCUAUCUGCAAGGGAAGCUGUAAUGAAUGCUGCAAUGCAUGAUGCGAAGGGCCGUAAAAUCCUAAGCUCCCUUGACUCUAGGUCAAUAGAAUCACUACGGCAUCUCCUCAUUAAUGACAAUCAAAUCUAUGAUGUAGCUAGCACACUUUUUGAUGAACAAUGUGAGGCUCUUUGGGCAGGUCCAGUUGACUCCUGAGUCCUAACUUUACUUCCUUGGAUCUAAUUGUCAUGCUGUGGGGCCCGGGCGGUCCCUCGUUUGGUAUUCGAGUUCCCAGCCACUUGUGAGAUUU